CUCCGCUCCCGAACUGUAGCGGCCUCCCGCCGGACUCCAGGAGCAGCCGCCACCUGGCAGGCAGCCCGCUGACCAUGGGGCUGUCUGAAGCUUCGGGGUGAGUGUAGGGCACGGUUCCGGUUCCCCGCGUCCGUGUCCGGGAGCUGCCGCGUGGCCCCGGUGUAGACGCCGGCUUAGGUUAGCUCGGAAGGGGGUGCCGCUAAGUCCGAAGCAGGCAUCCUCCCCCUGCGACGCCCUGGUUUGCCGCUUUGCGGAUCUUCUGCAGGCGGCUGCCCCCUGAAGCGAGGGAUGGGGGCGGGAGCCGGCGCGAUCCCCGCCCCUGAGGGCUGUGCGGGAAGCCACUCGAACGCCGCCCGCGGGCUAGCCUCGGGCCGCGGGAGGCGGCGGAGUGUGGAGGAGCCCCCGCCCAGCAGGUGAGCCGCUGGGCGCGUUGGAGCCGGGCGGUCGCCAAAAAGAAUCCAUAGCGGUGGCCUGAGCCCACCCAGCUGUACCACUGACUUGGAAUGAGGGGUCCGGCUGGAGGGCCGUGGUGCCCUCCCAGUGGGAGGGGCCAAGGAUCUAGGCCCCGCCCUUCAAGCACGUGUCCUGGGGAGUGGGGGAGCCCUUUAAGAAGACCUGAGUGACUCACGGAGGAGGGGCAAGGGGGCUCAAAGAUCUCUGUGAGACGGCGGUGCCAAGAGUCUCUGAGGAUCUGCCUUGCACCUACUCCAUUCCUUUCUCCAACCAGGACAUCCAGACAGAGGGACACACAGGCACUGUUGCCUGUGACACAGGCCAUGGAGCUGAGGAAGCGAGACUACCAUGUGGAGCGGCCACUGAUGAACCAGGAACAGCUGGAGGAGCUGGGGUGCUGGACCUCAGCAACCAGGACCUACCAGUGGCGAACCUGGUUUCAUACCUACCGUUGUGUCCCCAGGUGCUCCCGUGCUCGGGCCCAAGCCCUUCUGUUCCAGCACCUCCCAGUUUUGGCCUGGCUCCCCCGGUAUUCCUUGCGUGACUGGCUCCUGGGCGACUUGUUGGCUGGCCUGAGUGUGGCCAUUAUGCAGCUACCACAGGGCCUAGCCUACGCCCUCCUGGCUGGACUGCCCCCCGUGUUUGGCCUCUACAGCUCUUUCUAUCCUGUAUUUAUCUACUUCCUUUUCGGCACUUCCCGGCACAUCUCUGUGGGCACCUUUGCUGUCAUGUCUGUGAUGGUGGGCAGUGUGACAGAAUCCCUGGCCCCAGAUGAGAACUUCCUGCAAGGUGCGAACUCCACCGUCGAUGAGGUGGCCAGAGAUGGUGUCCGGGUGCAGCUGGCCUCCACACUCAGCGUCCUGGUCGGCCUUUUCCAGGUGGGGCUGGGCCUGGUCCGCUUCGGCUUUGUGGUCACCUACCUGUCCGAGCCCCUGGUCCGCGGCUACACCACGGCGGCGUCUGUGCAGGUCUUCAUCUCACAGCUCAAGUAUGUGUUUGGCCUCCAACUGAGCAGCCACUCUGGGCCGCUGUCCCUCAUCUAUACGGUGCUGGAGGUCUGCUGGAAGCUGCCCCAGAGUGUGGUUGGCACGGUGGUCACCGCAUUGGUGGCAGGCGUCGCGCUCGUGCUGGUGAAACUGCUCAACGACAAGCUGCGCCGAUAUCUGCCCAUGCCGAUCCCUGGGGAACUGCUAACGCUCAUCGGGGCCACAGGCAUCUCCUACGGCGUGGGCCUGAAGCCCAGGUUUGGGGUGGAUGUCGUGGGCAACAUCCCUGCAGGGCUGGUGCCCCCAGCGGCCCCCAGCCCCCAGCUGUUCGCCAGCCUGCUGGGAUAUGCCUUCACCAUUGCUGUGGUUGGUUUUGCCAUUGCCAUCUCACUGGGGAAGAUCUUCGCCCUGAGGCACGGCUACCGGGUGGACAGCAACCAGGAGCUGGUGGCUCUCGGCCUCAGUAACCUCAUUGGGGGCGUCUUCCAGUGCUUCCCCGUGAGCUGCUCCAUGUCCCGCAGCCUGGUACAGGAGAGCGCCGGGGGCAACACGCAGGUGGCUGGAGCCGUCUCCUCCCUCUUCAUCCUCAUUAUCAUCGUCAGACUCGGGGAGCUCUUCAGGGACCUGCCCAAGGCAGUCCUGGCAGCUGCCAUUAUCGUGAACUUGAAGGGCAUGUUGAUGCAGUUCACCGACAUACGUUCCCUCUGGAAGUCGAAUCGAAUGGAUCUGCUCAUCUGGCUGGUGACCUUUGUGGCCACUAUCCUGCUGAACCUGGACAUCGGCCUGGCGGUUGCCGUGGUCUUCUCUCUACUGGUCGUGAUAGUCCGCACUCAGCUGCCCCGCUACUCUGUCUUGGGGCAGGUGCCAGACACGGAUAUUUACCAAGAUGUGGCUGAGUACUCAGAGGCCAGGGAGGUCCCAGGCGUGAAGGUCUUCCGCUCCUCAGCCACCAUGUACUUUGCUAAUGCUGAGCUCUACAGCGACGCACUGAAGCAGAGGUGUGGUGUGGACGUUGACCGCCUCAUCUCCCAGAAGAAGAAGCGGCUCAGGAGGCAGGAGCAAAAGCUAAAGCGGCUGCAGAAGAGUCUCCAGAAACAGACUGCUGCCUCUGAGGGCGCCUCUGUUUCUAUCCAUGUCAACACCAGCGUCAGAGACAUGGAAAGCAACAACAUGGAGGACUCCAAGGCCAAGGCGAGCAUAGGGAAGGAGCUAGAGGAUACAGCAGCCAGCGGUCAAGAAGAUGUUAAGGCCCCAAAUGGAUCCACACUGAAGGCCCUGGGCCUGCCUCAGCCACACUUCCACAGCCUCGUCCUGGACCUGGGCGCCCUCUCCUUCGUGGACACUGUGUGCAUCAAGAACCUGAAGAAUAUUUUCCGCGACUUCCGAGAGAUCGAGGUGGAAGUGUACAUGGCCGCCUGCCACACUCCUGUGGUCGCCCAGCUUGAGGCCGGGAACUUCUUCGAUGCAUCGAUCUCUAAGCAGCAUCUGUUUGCCUCUGUCCACGAUGCUGUCCUCUUUGCCCUCCAACACCCGCGGUCCGGCCCUGCCAGCCCUGUUUCGAUGACCAAACUCUGACCAUGCCGCUGCCCUGCCUGAGACUGCUCACCCCCAGAGGCUGUGGCCAGGCACUUGUGAAAACCUCCCCGCUCCGGGCUGCCUCCAGACGUCACCCAGGAGUGCCCUCCGUACAUACACACACACGACUCAGGGAUGGAGGUCCUGGGACUCCCAAGUUCAGUGCUAUAGGCCUGGGCCUGGGAUAGGGCGCUGGAGUCAGACCAGCACCGGCUGGGUCGGGGGAAGAUACAGAUUUUUGGCCCCAGAAAUAAAGACCUGUUUGCCUACCACCAGGCCCUGCUGUGCCUUGGUGCUGGCUUGCUGGAGUGGGCAGUGAUCCACA